UCUGCUUAGUUAAAAAUGAUUGAAAAGGUGGCAACGCUAUUUACGCAAAUAAUCUGGUGUUUUUGAUGUUGUUUGACAAAUUACUUUCCUUGUGAAAACAUAAAAUUAAAAUAAAAGUUUUUACUUCACAAAAUGUUAUGCCGACUCUGUUUAAAAGAUUCUGAUUGCUGUUUGGAAAUAUUUGACGUCAAUGGCGAACAACUGGAAAUUGCGGAGAUAUUGAAACGACACUUCUGGUUCCAGCCUGUGCCUAAUGACACCAUUUCAACGUUGAUAUGUCGAAUUUGUUGGUUAAAAGUAAGCGAUUUCCAUCAAUUUUAUUUGGCAAUAGAACAAGCGCAAUCGAGUCUAAGUGAUACCUGCGUGAAACUUGAAACCGUAACUGUGACUGAACAGGAUUUUACUCAACAGUCUGUUCAAAUUAAAGAGGAAUGUUUAGAAUUUUUACGCGUAAAUGAGAAAGUUGAAGAAUCUGUUAAUCCAUUAUAUGAAGCCGAACUUGAGCAUAGUAUGAAUGAGGAUUCAGAAGAAGAUGAAAUAAAAACCAAAGAAAUUAAAAAUGAGUCAAAUGCUGUAAACAUAACAGAAAAAACACCGAGACAAACGCGGAAAUAUGUGCGAAGGACACAAUCUAAAAAAAGACUGGGAAAGAGUAAACUGGAUGAAGAUGAAGAGGACAGUGAAGAUGAUGAUGAUGAUGAUGAGCAGGAGAAACCAAAACGGCAAAAAGUUAUUACCUCAACGCCACAAGACGAUGCUAUGGUUAAAAAACACAUUCCCAUGGGUUGUGAACUUUGUACAUUUGUGGGCGAAGACUUCACCGCAAUGGCUAAACAUUUCCGUUUGCAACAUCCCAUGAUUAAACCGUACAUUCGUUGCUGCAACAAAAAAUUAAAUAAACGGUUCAAAGUUGUUCAGCACGCGUAUAAACACGAAGAUCCUGAUUUUUUUAAAUGUCAGGAUUGCCAAAAAGUUUUUUCUGAUCGGUACACUUUAAAAUCUCAUAUGAUUGCUGCGCAUGCCCCAGAGGAAGAACUCAAUUUCGCCUGUGACCAAUGUCCCAAAAAGUUUUCACGAAAACAUUUAUUAGAGUUACAUCGGCCUUCACAUGUACCAAUGGAUGAGCGUUCUUUUAUAUGUGAUCAAUGUCCAAACAGUCGAUUUGCUAGCAAUCAUUUAUUGAAAAUUCACAUAAGCAUGCGUCAUCGUCGGGCUACUAACGUUUGUCAUGUGUGCGCUAAAGAGAUUCGAGAUAAAGCAUCAUUUGAAAAACAUGUACGUUUACAUUUCGAAGACAGCGGACCUCGUGUUAAAUGUCCACGACCUGAUUGCGAUCGAUGGCUUAAGGAUGAAGAAAAUUUGCGGCAGCAUAUGCGUCGACAUAAUGAUGAGGGACUGGUUUUCAAGUGUGAUGAAUGUAACCGUGUUUGCAAAAAUCGUCGCGCAUUACGAAGUCAUAUACUUUAUGUGCACUCAAAUGAAGUUUUUACCUGUGAGGAGUGUAAUAAAACUUUCAAAAAAGCAAUUACUUUGAGGGAACAUAUGGCGCAGCAUACUGGUGAAAGCCUCUACAAGUGUCCAUUUUGUACUCGAACUUUCAAUUCAAAUGCUAAUAUGCACUCGCAUAAGAAGAAAAUGCACCCUAUUGAAUGGGAUGUGUGGCGAAAAACGAAACAAGGGAGUUCACAGCAGUUGAUAAGUAAACAACAGAGCACUUUGUAAAUAAAAUGCAUAGCAGUAAUAAUAGCUAUUAAAAAAAUUCAUUGAACCAAUCGUUACAAUUCUAUAAAAACAUUCGAAAUAGUCUCGUUCUGCGUCGAUGCAGCCAGCGCGAAGGCGUCAUGGAAGGCAUUCUUCAGAAUAGCCUUGAGAGUCGACGUGCAUGCUGUUGGAUCCCCUCUGUCGUCUCAAAAUACUUGCCUUUCAUCGGCCUUUUCAGACAAGGAAACAAAAAAGUCCGGAAGGGGCACAUCUGGGUUGUAGGGCGACUGCGGAAGUAUUGGGAUACCGGCCUUGAGGUAGCUGUUCACAAGAAAGGCGGUGUGAGCAAGGGCGUUGUUGUGGUGCAGCUUCCAAACGGCUGCGAUGUCUUAUCAGACCGGAUUGACUCUUCGUUUGAGUCUUUUGAGUUAAAAAAAUAAAGGAAUACUUAUUCGACGGUCUGAGUUCAAAACUUUGCGCGCACGAGUCACAUUGUCGGUGUUUGUCGAAGUCGCAGGUCUCCCAGCACGGUCUUCAUCAACGACCUUUUCCCGGCUCUCCAAAAAGGCCUGAUACUACCGAAACACUCCACUUCUUGCUAAAGCAACAUCUGGGUAAGCCUGCUUGAUCAUAUCAAACGUCUCUGCCGCAGAUUUUCCGAGUUUCACCCAGAAUUUAAUCGCGUACCUCUGCUCUAACGAACGCUGCAUUUUCGGCUUGCAUUUAAUGAAAGUAAAACCGUUAUGUUAUACAAAAAUUAUUUAUUACUUCACUAAAAAUUAAAAUAGCUGAAACUUUUUUUCUAUAAUAAAAAUACAACGUAUGGACGAG